AUGAGCUCGCACUGGUGUGGCGCCAAGAGCGGCUGCAAGCGCGGGCAGUAUCUCUGCCCCAGCGACUCGCGGACAUGCGUCGACUCGGCGGCGGACUACGCAAAGUGCCCGGGCAUCAAGGGCACUCACCUCGACUGGACGCUCGGCACGGAGGCGCGGCUCGACUUCCUCGUGGCGCACACCAGCCUCAGCGCGCAAAUCGGCCAGCUGCAUAACACGGCGCCGGAGCUGCUCGAGCUCGGCGUCCCCGAGUACCAGUGGCUGAACGACGACCAGCACGGCGUCGCUCGCACACCUGCGCGCGCGACCGUCUUCCCGAAUGGCGUCGGCCUCGGCGCGACUUUCUCGCACGCCACUCUGCGGGCCGUCGGCGCCGUCGUGGGUCGCGAGGCGCGCGGGCUGCACAACGGCUUCCUCGCGUCAGACCCGCGCAGGCGCCAGAUGACGUGCAACGGCUGCGGCCUGACCCUGUACGCGCCCAACCUGAACCUGGUGCGCGACCCGCGCUGGGGCCGUGCGCAGGAGGUGUACGGCGAGGACCCGACCCACAUGGGCGAGCUCGUCGUCGAGUUUGUGCGGGGCGCGCAGAACAACACCGCUGGACGCACGGACGCGGACGGCUACCUGCAGGCCGGCACCUGCUGCAAGCACGUCGCGGUGUACAACACCGAGGGUCACGCCGGGGGGCCGAGCCGCAUGAGCCUCAACGUCGACGUGAACGCGCGCGACUUGUGGGAGACGCCUGCGUCGUGCGGGCCCGCUCGUCGCACGCGAUGCGUGCCCACCUGCGGCAGCCGCGGCUUGCUGACGGCGGUGCUGCGAGAGACGUGGAGGUGGGACGGCUUCGUCGUCAGCGACUACGAUGCCUGGGCCAACAUCGCGUUGGCGCACCACUACAACGCCACGCUGCGGGCGGGCGCCGCGCAGGGCCUCAACGCCGGCAUCGACCAGGAGGGCGGUUCCGCGCUGGCCAUUUCGACGCUGCCCGCCGCCAUUCGGGACGGCCUGACCACACCCGCCGCCGUGGCGCGCGCGUUCCGCAACCUCUUCCGGCUGCGCAUACGGCGGGGCGCAGCUCGACUUUCCCGCCCGCCGCGAGCGCACCCGAGCGCACCCGAGGUUGGCCUGAGGUCUAGGCUGGGCAUGCUCGACCCGCCCACCCACGUGAGCUACAACGCUCUGCGCUACAACGCGACCGAGCUCGCCUCCAACAGGCGCCGCCUCGCGGCCCUCGAGCUCAUGACCCUGCUGGAGAACAAGGGCAGCGCCCUCCCGCGCUCGACCGCCCAGGGCGGCGCCUUGUCGCUGACCGCCCUCUCCGCGCGUUUCGGCAACUGGGGCCUCUCCCUCGAGGCGGCGCUGCGAGAGCGGCUCGGCGGCGGCACAGUCACCGCAGCGCGCGGUCUCGACGCCAUCGGCGCGCCAGAGUCGAGGGACGGCUUCAGGGCCGCUGCCGCCGCCGCCGCUUCCGCGGACGCCACGGUGGUCGUGCUCGGGCUCGCCUUCGACCAGUACUGCCACGGCGACGACGACGGGCUCGGGGACCACUGCGAGCGCGAGGGCUUCCCCGCAGGCAACGACCGGCGCAUCAUCGAGCUGCCUCUCGGCCAGCAGAGGAUGGUCGCCGCCUUGCGUGCCGCAACGGCUGGCCCGCUCGUCUGCCUGCUCGUGCACGGCGGCGCCAUCGCGAUUGACAACGCCACCCGCGCCGCUUGCGACGCUGUGCUGGACGCGUGGUAUCCGGGGAUUGAGGGUGGCGCGGCCGUGGCUGCAACUCUAUUCGGCGACGCGGGCCGCACGCCCGUCACCUUCUACCGGGCGACAGCUGAUUUGCCGCCGCUCGCCGACACGGGCAUGUACCCCAACGCCAGCAGCGGCUCGCGCGGCGCCACGUACCGCUUCUUCGAGGGCGCGCCGCUCUACCCGUUUGGGCACGGGCUCAGCUACACCACCUUUGCAUACUCCAGCCUGUCGCUCGACGCCGCCUCGCAUUCCGCUUGCGAUGCGGUGGGCGUGACGGUGACGGUGACCAACACGGGCUCCGUGGCCUCGGACGAGGUCGUGCAGGUGUACCUCAAGCAGCCCGACGCCACCGUCCCGGCGCCGCGCGUGCGGCUGGGCGCGUUUGAGCGGAUCAAGCGCCUGGCGCCAGGCGCCUCGAUCGCGGUGAAGCUGAGCGUGCCGCCCGAGGCGCGCGCCGUGGUGCACGGCGGCGAGGCCACGGGCGAGGCCGUCUUCGCCGCCUCGGCUGGCGUGACGCUGGAGAAGGGGCGGCUCGAGAUCUUUGUCGGCGGCGGCCAGCCGGACUUUUUCAAGGGCCGCUUGGCCGCCACCACGAGCAUCGUCGACACGAAGAGGGCGAGCGCAUGCGCUGCUCAGCAGGACACGUGA